AUGACAAGUGCAAAGAAGUCAAGGACUUUCCAAGAGGAGAGUUUUACUCUAGAAGAAAACCUAAGAGUUCGAGUGGUUUUAGCAGUCUUGAAGUUAGAACAUCAUCUUGCUGAUGACGUUUAUGAGUUAAUGAACUGUCUCGAUACAGGAAUUGUGACAAGUGGAGUUAAAGCUUUGAUUAAGUUGGAUUCAACUACAAAUGUGGCUGACGGAAAUAACAAGGUCAAUCACGAGCCUGGCAACAGUAUAAACAAUGUCAAUGACGUAUCGCUAAUAAGUCCAAACAUUACAAAUCGUUCGUUAAGCGGUUGGUCAGUGUUGAAAAGCAAACUUUCGUCAAUGGAAUCCGAUCAAAUGUUGUUCCGUGAAAGAGUGCUUUCUGAAAUUAUGGAAUUAAAAACCAAAGUUACAGAGCUUGACUCCACCAUACAAGUACAAAAUGCGGAAAUGAAACAGCUUAAGUCAGAAAAUGAGUGUCUGCUUGGCAUGCAUCCUAGUAGCAAUAACAUGUUCUGCAAUAAUAAAUCUAUAAGCAAUUCUCAGGAAUCCAGUGACCAUGUUGGUCAGGAUAAGAAUUUAAGCAAGGAAAAUGAGGAUAUUGUCAAUAAUUACGCCACCACACAAAAUGUGUUGAACGUCCCUUUAUUGAAAGAACCCCGUUCAUACAGGUCGACUGUUAUGUCAAACAGUCGGAAGCAAACAGAUGAAGUGAGUAAUCGCCGACCAAACAAAGAGCAAAAUCAGAAACAGGAAAGUAAAAAACCCGCAAAAUCCAAAGGGAAUAAUACUAAAAGUUCAAGUAUAGUAUCACUAGACGAUGAGUUUAUUGGCGUCCAACGGAAUCGUGUAAAAACUAAGCGCUAUUAUAUUGGUGGAAUUGCAGAAACUACGAAGAAAGAAACAAUUCUACAGUACCUGAAUGGCAAGGGAAUAUCCCCGACAUUAUUUAAUUUAUUUACCAGUAGAAGAAAAGGAACGCUUUCCGCUAAAAUGAAUGUCCAUGCCGAAGAUGUUGAAAAGAUGAUUGUGGAAGAUUUCUGA